GAAGUGAGGAGCGUCUGCUUGGCUGCCCAUCGUCUGGGAUGUGAGGAGCCCCUCUGACCGGCCGCCCCAUCUGGGAAGUGAGGAGUGCCUCUGCCCAGCUGCCAUCCCGUAUAGGAAGUGAGGAACAUCUCUACCCGGCCGCCCAUCGUCUGGGAUGUGAGGAGCGCCUCUGCCUAGUCGCCCAACGUCUGGGAAGUGAGGAGCGCCUCUGCCCGGCCGCCCUGUCUGGGAAGUAAGGAGCGCCUCUGCCCGGCCGCCCCGUCUGGGAGGUGAGGAGCACCUCUGCCCAGCCGCCACCCCAUCUGGGAGGAAGUGAGGAGCACCUCUGCCCGGCCGCCCCGUCUGAGAGGUGAGGAGCGCCUCUGCCCGGCCCCCACCCGUCUGGGAGGAAGUGAGGAGCACCUCUGCCCGGCCGCCCCGUCUGGGAGGUGAGGAGUGCCUCUGCCCGGCCGCCCCCUCUGGGAAGUGAGGAGCGCUUCUGCCUGGCUGCCACCCCGUCUGGGAGAAUCUUUUAUUAGAAUAUGAAAAGCAGUCAGAGCAACUGGAUGUGGAAAAAGAACGUGCUGAUAAUUUUGAGCGUCAUAUUGAAGACCUUACAAGACAAUUAAGAAAUUCGACUUUGCAGUGUGAAAAAAUAAAUUCUGAUAAUGAAGAUCUCCUGGCUCGUAUUGAGACACUACAGUCUAAUGCCGAAUUAUUAGAAGUACAGAUUUUAGAAGUCCAGAGAGCCAAAGCAAUGAUAGACAAAGAAUUAGAAGCUGAAAAACUUCAGAAAGAAGAGAAGAUAAAGGAACAUGCCACUACUGUAAAUGAACUUGAAGAACUUCAGGUACAACUUCAAAAGGAAAAGAAACAGCUUCAGAAAACCAUGCAAGAAUUAGAGCUGGUUAAAAAGGAUGCCCAACAGACCACAUUGAUGAAUAUGGAAAUAGCUGAUUAUGAACGUUUGAUGAAAGAACUAAAUCAAAAGUUAACUAAUAAAAACAACAAGAUAGAAGAUUUGGAGCAAGAAAUAAAAAUUCAAAAACAGAAACAAGAAACCCUAGAAGAAGAAAUAACUUCAUUACAGUCUUCAGUACAACAAUAUGAAGAGAAAAACACCAAAAUCAAGCAAUUGCUUGUGAAAGCCAAAAAGGAACUGGCAGAUUCAAAGCAAGCAGAAACUGAUCACUUAAUACUUCAAGCAUCUUUAAAAGGUGAGGUGGAGGCAAGCCAGCAGCAAGUAGAAGUCUAUAAAAUUCAGCUGGCUGAAAUAACAUCAGAGAAGCACACAAUCCACGAGCACCUGAAAACCUCUGCGGAACAGCACCAGCGUACGCUAAGUGCGUACCAGCAGAGAGUGACAGCACUACAGGAAGAGAGCCGUGCUGCCAAGGCAGAACAAGCUACUAUAACCUCUGAAUUCGAGAGCUACAAAGUCCAAGUUCAUAACGUUCUAAAACAACAGAAAAAUAAAUCUGUGUCUCAGGCUGAAACUGAGGGCGCUAAACAAGAAAGGUUGGUCGACAACUUCUGCAUUUGCAAAGGGUGCAGCCUCCCUCGCUGUCUCAUGUAUGAGAUUUACGUGGAGACCUGUGGGCAAAACACUGAGAACCAAGUCAACCCAGCCACCUUUGGGAAGCUUGUGAGAUUGGUUUUACUGGACCUUGGCACUUGGAGGCUGGGCACUAGAGGAAGCGCCAGGUAUCAUUAUGAUGGAAUCUGUAUCAAGAAAAGCUCUUUCUUCUAUGCCCAGUAUUGCUACCUGAUAGGUGAAAAAAGGUAUCACAGUGGAGAUGCCAUUGCCUUUGAAAAAUCUACUAAUUAUAACAGCAUUAUCCAACAAGAAGCAACAUGUGAAGAUCAUUCACCAAUGAAGACAGACCCAGUUGGAUCCCCUUUGUCUGAAUUCGGGAGAUGUCCAUUUUUGGAGCAAGAACUGGCAAAGAAAUACUCCUGUAAUAUGAUGGCCUUCCUUGCUGACGAAUACUGCAACUUUUGUCGAGACAUUUUACGAAAUGUGAGGAACCAAGAACUUGAGAGGGUGGAGGACUUGCUUACUUCCUUCUGGAAGUCUCUGCAGCAAGACACAAUCAUGCUGAUGUCAUUGCCUGAUGUGUGCCAGCUCUUUAAAUGCUACGAUGUCCAGCUGUACAAGGGAAUUGAGGAUGUUCUCCUUCAUGACUUCUUGGAAGAUGUUUCUAUUCAGUACCUGAAAUCUGUGCGGUUAUUUAGUAAGAAAUUUAAGCUGUGGCUUCUUAGUGCUUUGGAAGGUGUCCUGGCCCUCUUGCAGAUCUCCAAACUCAAAGAAGUUACUCUAUUUGUCAAAAGACUAAGAAGAAAGACGUACCUUUCCAACAUGGCUAAGACUAUGCGAAUGGUAUUGAAAAGUAAGAGGCGUGUCAGCGUUUUGAAGUCAGAUCUGCAGGCCAUCAUCAAUCAAGGCACUUUGGCUACUUCUAAGAAAGCCCUGGCAAGUGACUGGAGUGGUGCAGAUGAACUGGAGAACAACCCAGAGAUGAAAUGUUUAAGAAACCUAAUUUCUUUGCUGGGAACAUCAACAGAUCUCAGGGUAUUCCUCAGCUGUCUGUCUUCACAUCUGCAAGCAUUUGUGUUCCAGCCAAGCAGAAGCAAAGAAGAGUUUAUCAAAUUAGCCGCCAGCUUCCAGCUGAGAUGGAAUCUUCUUCUCACUGCUGUGAGCAAAGCCAUGACCCUCUGCCACGGAGAUAGUUUUGGCUCCUGGCAUCUGUUUCACUUGCUGCUUUUAGAAUACGUAAUUCAUAUACUUCAGUCAUGCCUAGAGGAGGAAGAGGAGGAGGAGGACAUGGGGAAUGUCAAGGAAAUGCUACCAGAUGACCCGACUCUCAGCCAGCCAGAUCAGGCACUUUCCCACCCUCUGAAUUCCUCACUGUCGCAGGCGUGUGCCAGCCCCAGCGUGGAGCUACUGGGGGUGAUGCUGACACACAUGGGCCACGGCCGAUAUCCCGUGGGUGUGAGCAACAUGGUCCUCAGGAUCCUGGGCUUCUUGGUGGACACUGCCACGGGCGAUAAGCUCAUCCACGUGCUGUUGGAAGAUGAAACCACCGAAAGCGCAGUUAAACUCAGCCUUCCUAUGGGACAAGAAGCCCUCAUAACCCUAAAAGACGGACAACAAUUUGUGAUUCAGAUAUCAGAUGUACCCCAAAGCUCUGAAGAUAUUUAUUUCAGAGAAAGCAAUGCUAAAGUGUGAGAUUAUUUAUUUGAAUAGAGAAUAAGAAAACUGAUAGACUUGCAUUCUUAAAAAUAUUAAAUCCUAAAGUUUUUCUAUUGAUAAAAGACGAUGUUAUGUAUAUAAUAGAUGUAGCAUUGUCUAUUUUAUGUUUAUAUGUAUUUCAAGGAGGUGGUUUUGAUAAAAUAUAUAAACUGAUUUGGAGAAUAA